AUGCAUCGGUCCACAUAUAAUUCAAUUUUCUUGGCCUUCGCAGUCUUUUUAUUUUCCUAUCGCCUAGUUAGAGCCGAUUAUGACGUCACAGUCCGAGGAAAGCUUCUAUGCGGCGACUUCGAAGCAGCUACAGUACGCGUACGUCUUUGGCAAGGCUCCGAAGGAGGUGUUCAAAAUUUCCAUUCUUUAACUGUCCAUUAUGUGCUUUUGAAAAAAAGCCAGAAGCUAAACAUUUGAAGGCAAACUACUUUUCCAGAACUCAAUAGUAAAAUGGUGGUGGACGAGGGCUACACUGACCGACGCGGAGAGUUCGUUUUGAGCGGCAAAACUGAGAAGCGCUCUUUCGAACCCCUUCUGGCCAUUCAUCAUGACUGCAAUGAUGGCCUCAAGGUAGAUAUUGAGAAAGUAUCAUGAAAAGUUCGAAUGUUGAGCCGGGACAACGAAAGCUCAAGUUCCGCAUUCCAGGACGCUACGUGACCAGCGGAGAAGAAAACAAAAAUGUUGGUGAAACUCUUAAUUUGUGAAUCCGCGAAAGGUUUAACAGAAUUCUUGUUUAAUAACAUUUAGUUUUAUCUGUGUCAUCACUUCGAAAACCAACUUUUAAAGGAGUACGAAUUUGGGGUGUUCAACCUGGAAACGGUCAUGAAAUACAAUGAGGAACGAGUUGAAGCCGUCGAUCGUCGCAGAAGAAACUCUAAUAUUAGUCCUAGGUAGUUUAUUCGUUUCCAUUUGGUUUUUUUCACAACUUUUCGAGAAAAAAAUCUCUGAACGUUGUAGAUCGGGUGGUUCAACAAGAACAACUAGGACUUUGCUGGAGAAAUACGAAGAUCCAGAUGAGCGCAAUGAACCUUGGUAGCCCGAUCCUUCUUUCACAAGAUAAACUUUUUCAUUCUGUGAAAUGUUUUUUUCGAGCGUUUUGAACCGCAAAAGUUAUAUGAUUCGCUCAAAUUGCAACCAGUUUUUCUCUCUACCCGCAACUUUGUCAGAAAAUAAUAGGAUGAAAUGGUUUGUUUUGACGGCGUUGAUCUCCGUCGCCUUGGCCUUCCGAUUGCAAGGCGUCGCGGUCAGAGGACGUCUUCUGUGUGAUGGAAAACCUUGGAGAAACGCCAAGGUCAAAAUUUUCGACCUCGAUAGAAGUUUGCUGUCCAACGCAUUUGAUUGAGGCCAAAAAUGCGUCGGUUCAGACCCCGGCGACGCUGAUGAUCUUCUGGAUGAAGGCUACAGUGGUUCUGACGGACAAUUCGCGGUAAUUUUUUCUCGAUUUAUGAGUUGAUGUUCAUUUCUACAGCUAGACGGCACUACUCGCGAAUUCACUGAUAUUGAGCCGGUUCGUUUUAAACCAUUUUUUCUCAACUGCCGGUUAUUUCAGGUUCUAUAUGUUUAUCACGACUGCGACGACGACAUUCGGGUUAUUUUUUGUUCUUUUUAUCGAUUUUAGUAUACGUGCCCGUAAAUAUUCAGCAAUUUAACUUUGAGAAUUUCGAUAUAAUGAAAGUGCUAUAGCCUGUGUACCACGACCUGUGCGCCUUUGCGAACCUUGGUCGCGCUUUUAAUUUUUUUUUUCUCCUAUCAAGAUACUCUACUUUCAUGUGCUCCCACAGCAAUAAAAAUUUCGAAAGACGCUUUGUGAACGCACGCAGCGGAACAGCGGAAUGUCGUUUCAAGUCGUGGCACACAGACUAUACAGAUUGCUCAAAAAAAAUCGAUUAGGGAGAGCUUCUGAAAAAACAAACUUGGUAGAAAAAAUAGUCACAUGUCGGAGGCAUCUCUAUUAGUUUCUUUUCUUGAGAAUAAUGAAAAAGUUGUAGCCAUGCCAAAAGCGCGUAACAGUGCAAGUUCCGAAGAAGUUCAUACACCAUGGAACUGCCGAGGACUGGAUGGACGUCGGAGAUUUAAACCUCGAGAAGACUUUUCCCGGACAGGAUCGAUCCUGCAACCACUGA